AUGAGCAACGUCAAAAGCGAAGACACGCCGCAGCCUCUGUCGCAGACCGCGACACCUGCGCCCCAAUACGCCCAAUGGAGCCAGACUCAAGCGAUCCCGAUCGACCCAGCGCUUCAGGCGCAAACCCAGCAAACUCCAGCGCCAGCGCAAGCAACACCACAGCCCCCAGCAGUCCAGCCGACGCCUGUGCAGACUCCCCAACCACAAGCGCAACAGACACAUACCCCGACACCUACAUAUUACCACCCAUAUCAGUACACGUUCUACCAGCCGCAAACGCACCAGCAUGCACAACAGCCGGCAGUGCAGCAGACGACGAUGGUGCCGACAAGGCAGCCUACGGCAGCGCCUGUACAGGCUCCAACAGCGGGUCAGGCGGGCGGGGUUGACACGACUGAUGUAGCGACGCUCAAUGACGCGUUGGGCAGCGCAGGAGUGGAUUUACGGGCAGAAGAAGAGUCCCUUCAACGAACCUCUUCCCCCCACUCUAGCUACCGCAUGUACGCCGACCAAUCGCGCAAGCAGCCAAUCAAGCCCUCCUUCAACACCCACUACCUCCAACAAACCAUGUACGAGCACGCGAAGCAGCACAAGAUCACGCGCAUCCCCGAGGACAGCGUGAACUACCUAGCGCUCGCGCUCCGCGCACGACUGCAGGACAUCAUCGCAGACACGAUCACCGCCGCGCGUCACCGCACCAACUCGCAGUUCGACCGCGCGCCGUCGUUCUACGAGAACGGCGAGGACGGGCAGAAGAUCCCCAUGUGGUCCAUGCUCAUCCGCCGCGACAUCGGGCACCAGCUCCGCGCCCUCGAGCGCGUCGAGCGCGAGGAAGAAAUGCGCGUGCGCAAGGAGCGGAAGGAGCGCCUCGACGCCGCCUCCGCGCAGGCGGCCGCCCUCGCCGCGCAGGCCGGCUCGCCCGCAGAGGCAGACAUCGACUGGGACGACGGCGGCGCGCGCAAGAAGCGCAAGAAGGAUACGAUCUCCGCGCGCAACAUGCCCGCGGACGUGGGCAAGAAGAUGUCGAACGCGGCGGCGAAUAUGGCGGCGGGCGUGGGCGGCAAGUACGCGUGGAUGAACGCGGCGAAUGCGAGUGCGCCGGCGAAGCCCAAACCGGCAGCGGCCCCCAGCCCACCUGCGUCGGCACCGAGUCCAGGAGGAACGGCUACGGCGGGGACAGCAGGGACGGCUGGUGGUAAUGGGUGGGCGACGAGGCCAUUCGCGGCGAAGAAGCCGGAGUCAAUGACCCCGACGCCAGCGGCGCAGCCGCAGGAGCCAGUCGACACGCGAUUGUUAGUGAAGAUGAAGGAUGCGGCGUUUGUGCUUGCUAAGGAGAGAGGACAUGGUGGAGGCCGGGGCUCUGCACGAGGGUGGACGUAG